AUGGCUAGAAAAGUUCUCAUUGGAUUCGGUGUAGAUGUUGAUGCUGUGGCUGGCUGGCUUGGAUCCUAUGGAGGUGAAGACUCUCCAUUGGAUAUUUCACGAGGAAUGUACGCGGGAGAAGUUGGAGUGCCUCGCCUUCUCAAGCUAUUUGAUAAGUAUAAUAUCAAAACAACCUGGUUUAUCCCCGGUCAUAGCUUGGAGACGUUCCCAAAGCAAAUGGAAGCAGUUCGAGAUGCUGGUCAUGAAAUAGGCCUUCAUGGAUAUUCACAUGAGAACCCUGUCUCUAUGACUCUGGAGCAACAGCGGGACAUUUUGGACUACACCUACAAGCUUCUUACCGAUUUCAACCAUGGCGUUCCUCCAAAGGGCAGCGUCGCUCCGUGGUGGGAAACCAGCAAGGAGGGAACGACGUUGUUGCUGGAAAAGGGUAUUGAAUAUGACCACUCCAAUAUGUCUCACGACUCCCAGACAUAUUACCUUCGUGACGAAGAUACCUGGACGAAGAUCGAUUAUAAGGCGCAAGCUCAUACGUGGAUGAAGCCAUUGCAGCGGGGUAAGGAGACUGGGCUCGUCGAGAUUCCUGCUAACUGGUUCAUUAAGUCGAGCUCAAACUCGCAUGGUUGGGUCAAUACUCGAGAUGUCGAGCAACUUUGGAAAGACACAUUCACUUACCUGUAUAGAGAGGAGGAGAACUUCGUAUUCCCCAUCACGAUCCACCCAGACGUCAGCGGUCGUCCACACGUGCUUCUUAUGCUGGAGCGUUUCAUCGAAUGGGUCAAUACCCACGAUAAUGUGCACUGGGUAACCCUAUACGGGAUGGCUCAAGAUUUCAGAGCCAAAAGAAAUCCAGCACCAGGUGCCGUAAUGCCUAAGGGCUUCACGAAGUGUCUGUGA